UGGCUCAAAGCGUGCAAAUUCUAAGGAACUAUGCGAAGGGUCAGUAUACCAAAUAGGCUCUACAGUUGCACUCACACUUUAGUGGCUGGUAACUAAGCACACAAGAAGUUAACAGAGAGGACUGACCAGGGAGACUAAUAAGGAUCUACAUUAAUUAAUUAAAGAUAAAGUGGAAAGGCCAAUACAUCCCAAAAUUGCCUCGGACUAGGAUCGUGUGGGGUGGAACGCUUUGCAAUAUCAUGGAAAUAUCGGAUUUGUAAACGCCGACAGUCUUCUACAAAAACAAGAGGGGACAAAAGUAAACGUUAGUUACACCGGUAUGCUUAGUCUAUUCUCUAAAGAAGAUGCUGUAAAAUUUUAAUAAACAGUUUGAGGGGACUUUUGAUGCUUCGCAUCCUUACGUCUCCACAUGGAUCAACCUCUCUAACCCAAGCAUCCUUUGGAUUAGCCACAGUCUUUCUCACUCUGCACAACGGAUACAACGGACAGAAAAUGCUACCCUGCAUCGUUUUCCUUUGCUCAUUUUUCACUGCUGCUUGUUUUCAAGACAUCCAGCCCUCGAAGGCAUUUCUGAGUGAAUCCUGUGACUCAUUGUGUACUUGUGAAGAAAAAGAUGGCAUCCUGUAUCUUAACUGUGAGGAGAGAAAUAUCAGCAAGAUCUCCCAAAUCAAAGUGCCAUCAGCUCUACCUUUCCACCUCAAUCUGUACAAAAAUGACUUGGUGGAGUUGCGGGCAGAAGACUUGGAAGAUUUAAAGAAUGCCAUUUCACUUCAUCUCGGGGCUAAUAGCAUACAAGAGCUUGAACCUGGCGUCUUUAGUGCACUGGGCUCCUUGAAGAAGCUCCACAUCAACAGUAAUUUCCUGGUCAUGUUGAAGGAAGACACUUUUCACGGCUUGGUAAAUUUGGAGUUUCUCCAGGCGGACACAAACUUCAUCCGUGUGGUCGAGCCGGGGGCAUUCAGCAAACUCAUCCGCCUCAAAGUUCUGAUCCUCAAUGACAACGCCAUCGAGUUUCUUCCCAGCAAUAUUUUCCGGUUUGUUCCGCUCACCCACUUGGACCUGCGGGGGAACCAGUUACAGACCCUGCCUUAUGUUGGCUUCCUGGAGCACAUUGGGCGGAUCAUGGAGCUUCUUCUGGAGGACAACGACUGGAUGUGCGAUUGUGAGAUCCUUCACCUGAAGAUCUGGAUGGAGAACAUGCGGGCCCAGUCGGUCAUUGGGGAGGUGGUCUGCAGCAGCCCCCACCACCUCAGGGGCACCAUCCUGGCCAAAAUCAAACGGGAUGUUCUCUGCCCUUCUCACGCCGAUAUCAACUUAGAGGAGCCUUCCAAGUCACUGGACAUGGUGGUCACUCCGUCUUCCAAUGUGGCAGAAAUUCCGAAGUUGGAGGACGCCAAGGACGAUGCAAAGAUUCCGACACCUGCUUAUGUUCCAGGGAGUCCUUGUGUGGAGCACUGUUCAUGUCACAAUCACCCUGUGGCUGGGUUUUUAAUGCAUUGUCAGGACAGAGGGAUUCAACGGAUUUCAGAUAUUGGAAUACUUGAGCAAAGCCCCACCAAGCUGGUGCUCACAGGAAAUAUGAUUCAGAGACUGUUGAAAUAUGACUUUGUCACAUAUGAUGGUUUGGAGUUAUUGAAUUUAGCCAACAAUCGAAUCGAUUACAUUGACAAUGAAACUUUUCUCAGCUUAAGCAAUUUGAAAAAACUUUAUCUCAACGGCAACAGAAUUGAAACCCUUUCCGCAACCAUGUUCAUUGGACUCCACAACCUUGAAUACCUAUAUUUGGAAUAUAACAUUAUCAAAGAAAUUGUUCCAGGAGCUUUUAAUCCUUUGCCAAAUCUCAAACUCUUGUCUUUGAAUAACAAUCUGCUGACUAGUCUCCCAUUGCAGAUAUUUCGCAAUGUGCCCCUCACCAAACUGAACCUGAGAAAAAAUCUGCUCAUGCACCUGCCUGUUAGCAACGUGCUGGACCAGCUUGACUCUUUAGAGCAGAUUUAUUUAGAGGACAACCCCUGGGACUGCAGCUGUGACUUAGUCAGUCUCAAACAGUGGGUUGAGAAGCUGAGGAAGGACACAGUCGUAGGUUCCAUUUUGUGUCACACACCGAGAAAAGUGGCGAAGGCUGAGCUGAGAGCCCUCAGAAACGAGUUGCUAUGCCCCGGCCUAGUGACCUACUCCUUGCCCACGGACGAGGACGAGAGCGUGACAACCACAGUGGCGACUGACGGCGCUAGGAGUGGUUUCUUCAGCUCCAUCACAGACUCAGUUCCACUCUCCGUUCUGAUCCUUAGCUUGCUCGUCAUCUUCCUCAUGGUCAUCUUCUGUUCGGCGGGGAUCGUGGUUUUCCUCGUGCACAGACGGCGAAGGAGGGUGAAGAAGAAACAGGCGGAGGAGCAGCCGCGGGAGAGCAGCAGCCCCAUCCACCUGCAAUACAGCAUGUACGGCCAGAAAACCACCCACCACACACUGGCGCAGAGGACCGGAAGCACCGUGUACGACGAGCGCUCACACAGCCCCAUUGUCCAGAUCUGCCGCAACCCCACCUACUGCACUCAGCAUAAAGAAUAUGAGACCGACCUCAAUGAACUGGACGAACCAAAGCACAUCUGUCGUAGCAUCAUGGAGACAGAGAAUACUUCCCCUCUCACAGGCUCUAAUUUGAAGUUCAGAGCUGUGACGUCAGACUGCCCAACUGAGUUCGUAACACUCGGAGAUGCGAGCUCCCUCUAUAAAAACAUACUAGAAAGGGAGAGGGUUAGGGAGCUGCAGCAGCUUGGAAUUACUGAAUACCUCAGGAAAAACAUGUCCCAGCUGCAACCAACGGUAGAGAUGCAGGUCCCAGGAUCAGGACACCACGAGGAACUGAAAUUAAUGGAGACUAUUAUGUUGUCGAGACCGCGGAAGGUCAUGGUGGAACAAACGAAAAAUGAGUACUUUGAACUCAAAGCUAACCUACACACCGAGCCAGAUUAUUUGGAGGUUCUGGAGCAUCAAACUGCAUUUAACUGAUAUAAAAAUACAAUUAAUUGUUUUAUAUUCAACUCGAGAAGUGCCUUGUCCAAAACUGCCAUCUUAUAUUUUCACAGUCUAUGACCUACUUAUCCCACAGCGGUCUUGGACACACAAGUCAUUUGUAGCACAGAAUGUACUGUAUAAUUAUCUAUUUCUUUGUUAUUUUGUUUUCCUAUAGACAGACCGCACUUGAAGUUGCUGAUAUAACAGAUAUCUUGCCCAAAUGUAAUUAUCAGGAUGGCAAAUAGGUACUGCAGGGGUACGUUUUUGUUACCAGUUCAGCUUAGAUCUUUGGCAGGCCUCAAUGUUUCCCAUCAACUGUCAGGCUGUUUCAAUCAUAUGCCAUAAUCAGCAUGCUCAAAGUGCCGUAGAUUUAACAAAAUGCCAACAUGUAUUCUGGGUCGCAAUGAUGGAGUGCACAUUAGUCCUGUCAUUCAUUAGAUUUAGCCCUGGCAUUAUUUCAAUACCACAUUUUGUAUUCCAACCAGUGGGAACGUGUUUAAACAAAUCCAUUUUCCCAAAACAUAGCACUUAAAAGUCCCAGUACAUAUAUAAAUCAUAUCUUGUAUCUGUAAAUAAAAAAUGCAUUGCACUAAUCAAAUGCCAUUUAAAAGAUGGUGCAUGACAAUCAACUUACUGUUCAACAACAGCUUCUGUUUAUUGUUCCUUUCCUGCUUCUGAAGGGGACAGAACUACUGAUGUGUAUAAGAACCUUUUGUUUGAGUGUAAUUUUUACAAAUCAAAACCGACCAGUUUCUCUCAGCAUGAUAAAUGUUCAGGAUAUAUGCGUUCACUUUAUUAUUCUGAUUUAGUAAGCAACCCUGUUCAGCUCUGAAAAUGUUUUAUGUAAACUUUAUUUUUUACCAAUGUAGAUGAAAUUAUUUAUUCUGUAAAUGUUGUAUAUAUGUCACACAUUAUGUUAUUUUGUGCCUUCAGUGUUGUGCAGGUGAAAAUGUAUUAAAUGUAAAUAAAGAAUUGCAAUACUGCAAACUUUGAACAAUCAAGAUUCAAUACAAUAGAUAAGCUCUUCAGUCCUCUAAACAGAUUGCGUGCAGGUAUAUUCGAGAGCCUGUUGCAAAAAACGACUUUCUGUCAUUAUCAGAUGAGCAUAAAAGUGACCAAACAUCUAAUAUUAUAGCACAUUACGUGCUCAAGAGGGGUGUGGGUGAAAUCAUGAUGCUGUUCUGCACAGAGGGCACUUAAGAUAGUAAUGCCAUUACAUUGUUAUUCACACUCUUAUGCAUGUCCUCAAUGCUGCUGCAUGUCCUGUAUUCCUCCCAUGGACAUACAGUACAGCAUUAUAUACCAUCUGUGUGCUUGUUUGAAUAAAUCAAUCUCAUAGGUA